AUGAGCGUGGCCACGGCCGACAGCAUGGCGGCGAAAGUGGAGAACGGGAACCUCCGCCACGGGUUUUCCGGCAGGCACGGCGACGUGAGGUCGGCGAACGAGUCCGGCAGCACGUGCAUGUAUCCGGUGGCGAGUAUGACUCCCGACGCAAAAGCUUUGACGAGGACGAACAUGUCCCUGUCGGGGUGCAGAGCCGGCACCGAAUGGGAGACGAUCGGAAGGCAAACGCCGGCCAUGCUCGCCGCCAGGAUGGAGGCGAUGGCGAUGAGUUUGAACUUCAUUGCGUGGGCGGAGUUCCGGCAGCCGGAGGAGGAGGGGCCGCAUUUCGGUGACGGGGAGGCGGUUUGGGGAUCGGCCGCGGCGGCGGCGGCGGCGGCGGCGGCGAGGAGGAGGAGGAGUACGGCGGCGAGGAUUGGAGCUGGAUUAAUCCUGGCCAUUGGAUUGUUUUUUAUUUUGGGAGUGGGAUUUUGGGUGGUGGAGAUUUUGUGGUUAGGGUUUUUGGAUUUUUUUAUAGAGCGAAACUGGGGAGGUUGUUCGAUUCAUGUGGGGUUCGAAUUUGAGUUUGUUUGUGCGGAAAUGACAGUUUGGUCCCUGGCUGGAUCGUUGAUGGGUUUGAGUAAACGAAGAGAAUGGGAGGGGUGUUUAGGGGAAUUCGAGGUGUUUAAUAGCACCAAAGUAUAUGAAGAUGAACAUUAUAGGUUGGAUGUGUAUGCAAAGAAAAGAUUUUCUCAAUCCUCUUCGUCGAUCCACCAUAGCCGCGGGACGUCUUCAUCAGAUUCUUGUCCGAUCAACCAUGGCCAUAGCCGUGAAGCCGCGAGUUCCGACCGCCGUGCAGCAAGGGAGAACCAGGGGUCCCGAACAACAGCAACUCCUUCUCCCUCGGGCGAUUCUGAAGCCAAGAGACGAGCCGUCACCGACGAGCCUCCACCACCGGGAUUUUCGAGAAAGGCAGACAUAAAUCGCUGCACCCAUCUCGGGAAUUUUGAAAAUCCGCUACAAAAUGUUCAGGAAUCAAUACGACACCAACGAGACGACGUGGUUGCCGGCGGGGCGACUGUUCCAAGUGGAGUACGCGAUGGAGGUGGUGAAGCUGAAGAGUUCGAGACGAUGGAAGAAAAAACUGGAAAUUGGAGACUGUGGCGACACCUCGUUCUCCUCCGGAGGAGCCGACCGCUUGGCGGCGGCGGCGGCCGAGCCGCGCUUGGCGUUCUUCCUGUAGCCGCCUCCAACUGGGAUGUUCCUCAAGGCGCCGCCUUUGGUCCAGUACCUCCGGCAGCUCUUGCAGAAAUGGCGGGGCUGAGAGAGAUUGUAAAGAUUGCAUUAGAGAAGAACAAGCUCAAAAGAUUACAGCCCCCAUGGAAAGCUUAUUCUUGA